AUGUCUUUCUUCAAGAGGAUGAAGAACGCCAAAGCGGCGGCGGAUCAGCACAAAAGGUCCGCCUCGCAAACAGAGGCUGCAAAGCCCGUGCCAUACAAGCAUGUCCCUACACAUGCUGCUCAGGACGCCAUGGCUGGAGCCCCCUCCAACUGGAACUCUGCAGAAAACAAGGCCAGAAUCAUUGCCCAAAACAAGAGGAGGAGCGCUAUGAGUCGGUCGAACAGCGAACAAACACUGAACUCGCGGCCGCUGACGUACGCGAGCAAGAAUAGCGCCAGCGACCUGUCCAUCGAGUCUGUCAUGCAUCGUCAGGAGCAGCACUCAGCUUACCAUGCCUCGUCGCACUCUCGCGCCACAUCACUUGCUCAAAGUGGCUACAUGGCACAUGGCGGCGCUGGGAAGAAGCAGCAGCACUACUUCAACCACUCUACCGCUUCGUCAGCGGCAAUGAAGCGAAGUCCGCUGUCGACGCCUUUUACCGAACGUGAGGAUGACUACCCAGUCGCGCAUAGUUCGUCAGGCUCUACCAAGACCAGCUCCAGCGGUUCCGGCACAACAUCAUCCGACAUUCUGGAAAUACGACCGUCCCGAGAAAAUCACGGCUAUGCGGAGCCACUCGCGACCCAUGGCCUCCCUGCGGUAACAACCCAGGCGCCGACCGUCUCAGCUUCUUUCGCGCCUGUCCCGAUUGUAUCGGUGACAGCACCUGUUGAGCCCGUGCCCACACACGAGCGGAAGAGGAGCAGGAGCUGGUUCGGAAAACGGAACUCGGCGGUCGCGGCGUUCUAA